CCCACUGAAAUAAAUUUCAGACUUCAUUUGUGGUGUGUUGGCUCUCUCUAGUGGUAUGUCCGGAGUGGUACGGCCUGUCUACCCUUAUUUGGGUAGCAAUGACGACACUAAGCAAUGACGACACUAUCAACGGCGCGUCUCUUCGCUCCUCCUCCGCUUUGAAAUUGACCGUAAACGUGCUUUUCUGAGACAGCGUCGCUAUCUCUUCGGUGGUAACGCGUCUUUCCCCCCCUCCUCCGCUUUGGAAUUGAACUUACAGGGAUUUUCUGAAGUGUUUACUAAGACACCCGUAAGCUUUUACAAGGCGUUAACUACAGCAGUCUUUAAUACCUCAACUCUUGCUUCAGCCAAGGUAAGUGUCCCCCUUAUAUUUUCUGUGUGUGUUCAGGUGAUAUCUAGAAAAUAGAGCUGUUGUUUGUAAUUAAAACUUUUAAGAUUAGAUGGUACAGUGUUUUUACUCUCUUCCAAACAGUAAAGUUCCUCUUUGUCUCUCAGUAGGAAAUCUAAACCAGACAGUACAAGGCUACAUUUCAGCGUUACAAGCCAAUCAGUUUGCUAAUUGUUCUGUGAGAUUUGUUUGCAAAGUUUAAGGUGUUAAAGCAGGAGCUGGCAUUCUGCCAGAGCCUCAGCAACAAGACCGCCUCCCAGCAACGAGACUGCCUGUCAGCCUUGCAAGGUACCCAAUUUUCCAAUUACUCUAUAACAAAACUGUUGUGGGCAACAAGACUGUCUCCUAUGUUUGCAAGCCAAUCACUUUGUUCUUGUAAGAUUUGUUUGAAAAGUUUGAGGUGGUAACUGAGCUGUGAACAUCCGGGUUUGCUUGCUGCUGGCAUUCGACCAGCGUCUCAGCAACAACACUGCCUCCCAGCUUUGCAAGGUAAUUACUUUCCCAAUUACUGUACACCAAAAUGGACUAACUGUCGUGGUCAACAAAUCUGCCUCCCAACUUUCAAGGUAAUCACUUUCCCAAUUACAAUAUACAAACUGUUAUGGAACUUUACUUAACAAAGCCUUAAGACCGGGUAGUGACACUAUCAAUAUGUCUAUUUAAAGAAAAGAGAUUUUUUUUUUAUUUAUUUAUUUUUUUUUUGUUCUUGUAGUCAUCUUGUCUAUCAAUGUAUCAGAGGGUUAAAAUAACAAAUUGCUUGAAAUGCCAAUAAUUAAUAUUCUGUUUUUAUGCUGACAUUCUACCAGAUGCCGAGAAAAAAUAAAAGAUCCCAGGCACAAAAGAAGCGCUGGAAACCACUUGACUUGGUCGAUCCUGCUGUCCCAAUGCUCACUGGCCACAACCAAGAUGAGGCAGUCAGUCGUUUUCCAUCUGACCAGCAGACGGCACCAGCCAGGUUAUCUUUGGAAACACAGGAUAGACCCACCUCCUUAUGUUCCCCAGGUCCCAAGCAGACAGCACCAGCCAGCUUGUCCUUGGAAACGGAGAAUAGACCCACCUCCUUAUGUCCUCCAGGCAGCAAGAUUUCAGACACUCGUCUACCAGCAAAACGAGUCUGGGCAACCGAUGAUUUCCACACGGCAUCAAAUUCUCCACCUAAAAAGCCUUUCCACAACACAAAUGAACAACUACUGACAGAGGAGCUACAGAGAAACGCAGUUCAGCACUUCUGGUGUGUCAGUGCAACUCAUUGUCAAAGUGAUGAAAGGUACACAGAAUUCUCUCGAAAUCAUCAGUGCACAUGUAAUGCCCUCACAUUCCUGGCCUACCUUAAUGAGGAACACCAGUUCAACACAGCCCGACUUGAUAAGGUGCUUGAACAGGGAGAUGCACUCUACUGUUGGAUUAAAACAAAUCUUCAGCAGGAGAGGCGUUAUACACAAAAUCAUCUGACCAUGGAGGACCUGCCCAAAGAAGUUCAUGCUGACAUAAAUGUCUACAGUGUGAAAAUGGACAACAUAAGGUACGGAUACCUGAAAGCAGAGGACAAAACUUAUCAAAGAAAAGGAUGGUGGUUGCCUCUUGCUAGUCGCCUUGUAUGUCUGUCAACAGAUGUGAACUAUGCUUUGCUCAUGGUUUCGCCUCAGUGCAUUGCAGUUUUCCGUGACAAAUCUGGGAGGUAUGGAUUAUUUGAUUCACAUUCAAGAAGUGCAGCAGGUUUACCCCAGCCAAAUGGAACAGCAGUCAUGCUCACUUUCACUCAUGUGAAUGACCUGAUCACCCACCUGCAUAACCUUUUCCAAAAUCAAGGCAGGUAUGCAAGAUAUGAGUUUGUGCCUGUUUCUUUCAAAAGAGUCAGCACUCACAACGAACAGCCUGCACAGUCAACUCAAGCAACACCAGGAGCAACAGCUACAUCACCACAAAAUGAUGAACCACAAAUCACAAAUCCCACUGUGCAAGUGCCUCAACCAGAAUCAGCCCAAACCUACAUGACAAUGUUAGAAAGUGCUUUAAACCCACAACAAGACAAAAUGGCUUCAAAUCAAAUUUGUGAACAUCAACUUGAAACAUCUGUUGAUCCAACAAGCAACAUCCAAACAGAACAACAAGAAAAUCUCGAACUCAAUAAUGAAAGAGAUAAAGUCCUAGAUAAACCCCCCAAAAAGCAAGAAAUGUAUGCAGAUUAAAUAAACGACGGCGUGGGAAAGCUAUUCGUCAAGCUCAAAGUCACAAGCAGCAUCUAAAAGCUAAAGAAAAAUCUUCAUCUGAAGACUUGGCAAAGAAGAUAAACAAAAAAAGACACGAAAAGCAACGAUAUGCCUGCUUUCCUGAAUUCGAAUGAAAAAAUUACAGGCUGUGAAAACUCAAUAUGCUCAAAACUGUCAUCGCCGUAAACAAAAACUGUUGUCAGCCAAAGGUUAUUAUGCAAAUCCUCAUAUUCAAGAGAAGAUAAAAGCCCACAAAGUGAAGAGAUACCAAAAUGAUCCUCAUUUUCAACAAAAAAAGAGAGACUACAUUAUCAGAAGAUAUACCACAGAUGCCAGCUUUCGAACCAGACAGAAACAAUAUGUGUUCCGAAGAUACAACACGGAUGCUGACUUUCAAA